GGCGACAUGGGCAAGAUGGCGGCGGGGGGCGGCGGCGGGGGGGGCUCGGGCCGCUACUACGGCGGUGAAGGCGGCCGCGCCCCGAAGCGCCAGAAGACGGAGAACGCGGAGGCGCAGCACGGCCCGGGCGGCGGAGGGCCCGGGGGGGGCGGCGCGGGCGGCCCCGGCGCGGCCGGAGGGGAGAACUACGACGACCCGCACAAGACCCCCGCGUCUCCCGUGGUCCACAUCCGCGGGCUGAUCGACGGCGUGGUGGAGGCCGACCUGGUGGAAGCGCUGCAGGAGUUCGGCCCCAUCAGCUACGUGGUGGUGAUGCCGAAGAAGCGCCAGGCCCUGGUGGAGUUCGAGGACAUCCUCGGCGCCUGCAACGCCGUCAACUACGCCGCGGACAACCAGAUCUACAUCGCCGGGCACCCCGCCUUCGUCAACUACUCCACCAGCCAGAAGAUCUCCCGCCCCGGAGACUCCGACGACUCCCGCGGCGUCAACAACGUGCUGCUCUUCACCAUCCUCAACCCCAUCUACUCCAUCACCACGGAUGUGCUGUAUACCAUCUGCAACCCCUGCGGGCCUGUGCAGAGGAUCGUGAUCUUCCGGAAGAACGGGGUGCAGGCCAUGGUGGAGUUUGACUCGGUGCAGAGCGCGCAGAGAGCGAAGGCGUCUCUCAAUGGUGCUGACAUUUACUCGGGGUGUUGCACACUCAAGAUCGAAUACGCUAAGCCCACUCGCCUCAACGUCUUCAAGAACGACCAGGACACGUGGGAUUACACCAACCCCAACCUCAGUGGACAAGGUGACCCCGGAGGAAACCCCAACAAGCGCCAGAGGCAGCCCCCUCUCCUCGGAGACCACCCGGCGGAAUAUGGAGGACCCCAUGGCGGGUAUCACGGCCACUACCAUGACGAGGGCUAUGGCCCACCUCCGCCUCACUACGAGGGGAGAAGGAUGGGCCCCCCCGUGGGCGGGCACCGCCGGGGGCCCAGCCGCUACGGCCCCCAGUACGGCCAUCCCCCGCCCCCACCCCCGCCCCCGGAGUAUGGCCCACACGCUGACAGCCCCGUGCUCAUGGUGUACGGCUUGGACCAGUCCAAAAUGAAUUGUGACCGCGUCUUCAACAUCUUCUGCCUGUACGGGAACGUGGAGAAGGUUAAAUUCAUGAAAAGCAAGCCCGGUGCUGCCAUGGUAGAGAUGGCGGAUGGCUACGCGGUGGAUCGUGCCAUCACCCACCUCAACAACAACUUCAUGUUCGGGCAGAAGCUGAACGUGUGCGUGUCGAAGCAGCAGGCCAUCAUGCCCGGCCAGUCCUACGGCCUGGAGGACGGUUCCUGCAGCUACAAGGACUUCAGCGGCUCCCGCAACAAUCGCUUCUCAACUCCAGAGCAGGCAGCUAAGAACCGCAUCCAGCACCCCAGCAACGUGCUGCACUUCUUUAAUGCGCCGCUGGAGGUGACAGAGGAUAACUUCUAUGAGAUCUGUGACGAGCUGGGUGUGAAGAGGCCAUCGUCCAUUAAGGUGUUUUCAGGGAAAAUAGCAAGUGCCCCCCCUGUGCCCCCAGGUGAGAGGAGCUCCUCCGGCCUGCUGGAGUGGGACUCGAAGAGCGAUGCGCUGGAGACCCUGGGCUUCCUCAACCAUUACCAGAUGAAGAAUCCAAACGGGCCGUAUCCCUACACGCUGAAGCUCUGUUUCUCCACGGCGCAGCACGCCUCCUAAACCCCAGGACAGAGGAGGCCUCGUCCCUGCCUUCUCCGCCGGGUCUUCAGCCCUCGUAUCCCUUUUUUAUUUUUGGUUUCUUUUUUUUCUUUUUUUACCGUGGGGGGGUGGGGGGAGUUAGUAGCAGCAGCCUCGGGCCGAGCCGCCAAGCCGGGGCCCGGGGGGUUGGGGAGCCUGUCUGCUGGGCGCUGUUGGUUUUAAGAUGAUUGUACAUGUGAUUUUUGUUUCUUCCUGUUACUUUGUGCUGCCCGUGUUACCGGCACCUUUCAAUAAAACCCAUUUGGAAACA